AUGCUACACGCACUGUCCUCGCUAAUUCCUCCACUUCUCGGCACGGAUACUAACGUCAGCGCCUCCGACAACAAUUCAGGCGGCGACGACAGUAACGACGGCGAAAGCAACGAUCCAAACUGCCUUAACAACAAUAACCAGGACGCCGGCGCUGCCGCAACGGCAACAGAUAAUGCCGUCAACGCGGCCCGUCCGAGGACGAGGCGGAAGAACCCUGAAAAGGACGAUGAUGGGGACCGCUGCCCGAUUUGCCAGGACCUUCUGCCGGAGGAAAACAGGGGCAUCCUAAAAUGUGGACACGUGUUUUGCUUGAAAUGCGUUCUCCAGUGGGUCAAGAAGCAGCAGAACAGCUGCCCCACAUGCCGCGCGGAGGUGUGCCACAUCAAGAGGACGCUCAGCUCGGCGGAGGCCCUCGAAAAGAACGCUGACCGGAAACCUCCGAGGAAAGCCCAGCUGAAGAGGGCGAAGAGGAAGUCUGCUGUCGGCAAGCCCUCCCCGGGGGAUAGAUACAGCGAAAGCGACGUGCUCCAGCAGAAGCCCGACAUCACGACCGAGAAGAUUCGCGUCCGCAAGAAGGUUAGCCGGGAACAAAUCAGGCAGAACGCCACGGCGCCACACCCUCAGGCGCCAGGGGGGUUCCUGCACGCGCAGGAACAGACGGAGGCGGCAGCGGAAGCAGCACAGGCGAUGCCUGACGCACAGCAAGACCAGGUGGAAGCCAUCGUGAACCGACAGGUAGCUUUCGCGGUGUUCUCGAGUUCCCCCUCUCCUCCCCCUGCUACCCCGCAAGUUCCCUCGCCCCUGCCGCCGUCGUCACCGCAUUCUCUUGCGACGGACCUUGAAGACCGGCGGGUAGCGAUCGAGGCCGACCGCCGGGCAUUGUUUGAGUCAACCUCAGCUUUCAGGGGGCACCGCAGCGUCGGCGGGGGGUCCUACCUUGGAGGAGCCGGGGGGGCGAGGUCGAUUGAUGACAGCGGAGGCGGGGUCGGUGUCAGCGUCGGCGAGGCAAGCCUUGACAUGAGAGUGGAAAGCGACAGCGGAGGCGGCGGCGAUGUCGGCGCGGUUGUUGGAGGAGCCGGGGGGGCGAGGCCGAUCGGUGACAACGGAGGCGGGGUUGGUGUCAAUGUCGGCGAGGCACGCCUUGACGUGAGAGUGGAAAACAUCAGCGGCAGCGGCGGCGCGGUCGGUGGUCGCGGAUGGAGAUCAACUGCGAACAUAGACAACAGCAGCAGCGGGGUUGGCUCUGGAAACCGUGACGCGGACGACAGCAACAGCAGGAACAACAACGGCGUACGCACCGGCGGGGCGGCUGAAGCCGCGGCCCAAGAAUCUAGCUCGAAUCGUGACGUACAAGGAGCAGCGACGUCGAGCGGCGGAGACAAUCUCGACCAUGACGACGACGACGACGACGACGACGACGACGAUGGUAGGGGGGACCGUAUUGGCAACAUCACCACGCUCGGGCACUUGCUGUCGGUCUUGGGCAGCGGUAGGAUGAGGGUGUCACCAAACGGUGCCACCGACCCGGAAACCAGAAGUGCGGCGCAGGCGGCCAUGGCAGCCUCUCGAGCGGCGUCUCGGUACACCUCGCUGGCGCCAGAGCAGGCAUUGGCAGUGCAGGGACUGGCAGCCCUCAAGUCAUCGCCGACGCUGCGGCAGCUGCGCGCGGUUGCCAGGCUUGUGGUCGGCGGCAGCGCCUCAGCCGGGAUGGCAGGGGCUCCGGCUGUGGCAAGCGUGUCACGGCGACAGCAACCGCAACACGGGUUAGGACAAGAGAGCGGAAGAUACCGGGACGACGACGCAGGGGUGUCGGGGAGAGGAGACGGCGGGAAGAGCAACAGCGAAGAACGGGGUAGUUUGCUUCCAAGGAUCGACAGCGACGACAACCGCAGCAUCAACGUCAGCGGCAGAGGCGGUGGCAACGGCGCCGAGGAAGAGCCCUGUAUCGAACCCGUCGCUCGACGAACGGCGGCGGUGGAGGGGGACGUCAGCCACACGGAAGACGGCGACGAAUACACGUUUCUAGGAAGGAACGACAACAAAACUACUGCGGGAGAAACCACCGGCUCGGCUUCUUCCAUCCUCAGCGACUCUUCGGCUGCCGUUGCCUGCAGCUCUCCGACGUCCAUUCCCGAAAGCUCUGCGCACCCUUCCGGCAACGAUGUCGCUGCCCCCAGCGGCUCCAUCAACGACGGCACAAACACUGCUGUUGCCGGCGCUGAAAAUGCCUACGGCGGCGACGCUAACGGUGCCGGGGUAGCAGGUAGUGGCCAUGCUGGUGGCGGUAUCAGUGUUAGCACGAUUGGCGCUGCAGGACCUGGUGGAGUUGCGAUCAACUCCGGGAGGGUCCAGUCGAGCCCCCUCAACAACAACAACAACAACAACAACAACAACAACAACAACACCUGCAGCUACCUGACGUGGCUAGAAGCUAGGUCAGACUUCAACCAUUGGCCAUGGCCGUCGUCGUCGGACGACGACGACGGCGCCUCCGAUUGA